AUGGACUUAACUAUUUUAGAUAAUAUCCAUCCUGUCAUUUUAUCGCCACUUGAUCCAAAGUCUCCUUUCUCAACGAAAUACGAAACUUCGGACGAAUAUUCUUAUGAAUAUUCUUUUAAUUUUGAUGAUGAUUAUAAGUCAUUACCAUCAAAAACGCCCCUUGAAUACGUCCCUAAUACUAUUUCUAGUAUUAAUAAGCAUCAACAGCUGAUCAGAUGUCAAUUUAUUGGGUCAUCUGAUGAAAUCAGAAAUGAUUUCAGAAUAAUAGUAAUAGAUUGGUGUAUUAGAGUCUAUUUCGAAAUGAAGCUUAAUAUGGAAACGCUUACUUUAGGCAUUUACAUUUUUAAUUCAAUUCUUAGAAGGAAAGGAAUCAAAAGAUGUCAUCUACAACUUUUUGCAGCGACUUCUCUUUGGAUUGCAUCAAAAAUAGAAGAAACCAGCACACCCACUUUAUCUGACUAUAUCACUGUGUGCAGUGACAGCUAUUCUGCAAAGGAAUUCUAUGCUUGCGAAAAAUAUAUACUUCGAGCAAUGAAUUACGAUGUUGCUUUUGCGACACACGAAUUUUAUGUACAGCUUGCCUUGGGAACAUUUUUUGCCUCCGAGAAAUAUCAAAAGGCUGUUGAAAUAGUUUCUCUUGUCAGCCUUUUCCUCGAUGAUCUCACAGAUCCUCAAAAUAUUGCUUCAGCUAUUUUGAACGUUUCCUCGUCAAUUACUCACGAAAGUGAAUCGAUAUGGAAGUUAUCAUUCCAUAUUAAUGAGCCUGCUGUCAAUGAUCUGAUUAGGCAGCUCUCUGUGAUCUUUAAAGCGCAAUUGACUUAUAAAAAUGGCAUUAUACGUCAAAAAGUCAAAGCAUACAACGAGAAGAUGAGCUCGAAUAAUAUUGCUUAA